CUGGCAGAUAUCGAGUUGUUUGUUGUAAAAAUUAAGACUUUCAUUCGAGCCAUAAUAAUAUAGUGAUUAGCCCGUGGUUUCGUAAAUAUUAAUGCAUCUAUCUAGAUACUGAUUUUAAACUAUAAACUCAUUCAUGGACAAUAAUAAUACGUUUGACGAUAACAAACUACCUGUUAAAUUAUCAUAAUGUUAUCUAAUAUUGCAUGCAGAUAAGAGAUACGGAACCUGUAUGUCAAUAAUAUGAUUAGACAAAAAGGCAUUGAUAGUAGUUCUGGACUUUCAGUAACAUGUCUGAGCACGUAAUUCUUUUACGUAAUUUGUUAGUAAAAAUUGCUAAUGAACAAUGUUUUAAGGAUGGCUAUAUAACGUAUAAUUCUAUUGAAAACGAUGGAAGUAAUUAUACAAGUGCUCUUUUCACUGCUACAAUAUCAGCAGAAAACAAAGAAAAUUUGAAUCUAUUCGCAAAAGUUGCAACAAUUGGCGAAAAAAUGCGUGAUGAUAGCCCAGUGCAAGUGUUUAAAAUAGAAACGUAUUUUUAUACAAAAUUACUGCAGAUGUAUCGGAACAUAGAAGAUGAAUACAAGAUUCCAGAAGGCGACAGACUGAAGACCCCUAAAUUCUACGGAUCAAAUGAUGAGUAUUUGAAAGAGAUACUUGUAUUAGAAAAUAUGCUAGCGAAUGGUUAUCAAGUCACUGAUAGAUUUAAGCCUAUGAGUGGUGAAUUUGCUCUACAAGGUGUUAAAGAAUUAGCUAAGUUUCAUGCUUUAUCUAUGGCUUUGGCUACUCACUAUCCAGAAGAGUUUGAAGCUACAAGAGAAGUAUUACGAGCGAAAGAGAGUGAUGCAUUCAAAAAGUUUUUGAGUGGCAUAUCUGCAACUGUUAUAGAAACGACAGAAGAUAAUAAGAAAGACCUUGUAACGAAGCUAGUCAAAAGUGUGGUUCAUAGAGAGGAUUUGAAUAGAGUUAUCAGUUCAACGGAUAAAGCAGUACUCGUUCACGCUGAUUAUCGAGGAAGUAAUUUAUUGUACAGAAAUAAUGGUACUGAACUUGAAAUCGCAAUACUUGAUUUUCAAACCAUCACCUUUGGGACUCCCGUUUUCGACCUAUUGUAUUUUCUGUUAAAUGGAGCUGAUAAGGAUUUCUUAGAUAAAUGGUACCACAAAUCAUUGGAAAAAUACUAUUCAGAGUUAGCAUCGGCUUUAUCGAAGUUCAAAAUAGACAACGCAAAAACAUUCAGUAGAGAAGAUUUCGAUAAGGAAAUUCAAAGGAUGCUGCCAAUAAAUUUAGUAUUAGGUUUCUGUUCUCUGCUAAUAGUUACUGUAGACGCUGAGGAGGCUCCGAAAUUAGACGAAGAUUUGGAUCUAAGCAAGUUUGGUUUGGUUACACCCAGUAAGGUUUAUAAAAAAAGAUUGAAUGGAAUUCUUGAAUAUUUUAUUCAAGAGGGAACACUGACGUAGAUACAUGUUUUAACGAAAGUAACCUUCUGGACGGUAGACUAAAAACCGAUGGACGGUUAUGACGAAACAAUAAUAAUAGUUCCAUUACUCAACUAACACAAAGGAUACUCACUCUCAAU